GAACAUAAAUGAUCUGAGCUGUAAACAAACCAUCAAGGAAGCAGCAUGGUUGAUAUUCGUGUUGUUGGAGCCAGAGAUCGUCAGAAGCAAGAGUUCACAGAGGAAAUAUCAAACCUUGUGUGUCCAGGCGAUGUUAUCACUGCAGAUACUGGGUUUAUGCGUGGUCAUGGAACAUAUAUGGAAGAUGAGAAACUUCAUGCCUCAGUAGCUGGUGUUGUUGAAAGAGUCAACAAAUUGAUAUGUGUAAAACCUCUUAAAACAAGAUAUAAUGGUGAAGUUGGAGAUGUGGUGAUUGGAAGGAUUAUAGAAGUGGGCCAAAAGAGAUGGAAAGUAGAUACCAGAUCAAAGUUAGAUUCAAUAUUAAUGUUGUCAUCAGUUAAUCUGCCUGGUGGAGAACUUAGGAGAAGAUCAGAGGAAGAUGAAAAGAUGAUGAGAAAUUAUCUCAAAGAAGGAGACCUCAUAAGUGCAGAGGUGCAAUCUGUAUUUUCUGACGGUGCAUUAUCUUUACACACUAGAAGUUUAAAAUAUGGAAAGCUGGCUCAAGGGACUAUUAUACAAGUAUCACCAUCCUUAAUCAAACGAAGGAAAACACAUUUUCACACAUUACCAUGUGGUGCUACAAUAAUUCUUGGGAACAAUGGCUCUGUCUGGAUUUCGGCUACAAUGAACGAAGAGACAGAACAAACAGGAGGUUAUGAACAAGAUUUAGAGCCAGUUUCUAAAGGAGACAGAGAAGUGAUAGCUAGGUUAAGGAACUGUGUAAUAGCUCUCUCUGAACAUCAGAUGAUGUUAUAUGAUACAAGUGUGUUGUAUUCUUAUGAAGAAUCUCUAAGAUUUAAUGUAAAAGAUAUUUUAAAACCAGAAAUAAUGACAGAAAUCAUAGAGAAUACACAACCAAGACUGGAAAGCUUAGGGACUUGACAAAUAAAUUGUUCUUAUAACAUCAAUAUUUUUUGUCAGUAUAUAAAAUGAGGACAGAAUUCUAUCAACUAGGACAGAAUUCUAUCAACUUGUCUACUUGUAUAGAUUGACUAAGGGGUAGAAAUAUUUCAUUGAAUUGCUUUUGUUAUAAAUUAGAGGUCCAUAAAAUAGUAAAAAAUAUGAUGAGGGAUGGUAAAGUAGUAAUUUCAGUAAGGGCCUUACUUGGCUUCGAAUUGUCCAUUUUGCAAUAUAAAAAGUGUUUCAAGUUGAUGAAUAGACAUUAAAGAAAGUGAAAUAGAA